GGUAUGCGGCUCGUACGGUGAUGAAGUUUGGCCAUCCCUGCCACUGUUGCACAGAUGGAGAGGACAUGACGUAGCAGCACGACAACAUGCUGUCAGUGUGCACUGCUUUACGGCAGUUAGAAGCAUGGCGAACCUGGAGCAAGAGGAGCAGCAGAAACGGGAGAAAUCCUCCGUUCCUGUGAGUGACCUUGUACAGGCAACUGUAACUGCUUCGGAAUCGGUGGCAAAGGGUCCUUUGCCGUGUCUAAUCCCGUCCUUUGAUGAAGCUUGUAAUUUGGUUCGGGCACCAUACUCAUGCCUGGUGGUGGACACUCACAGAAGGCACGUUGCUCUGUCUCCAAUGUACCUGAAAAAGAAGAAGACAGGAAUCCAGGAGCAACUCGGGACAGAGCUGCUCAAAUAUUCAGAAAGUUUAAAAGGAGUUCCUGUUGCAUAUGAUAACAUAAGAAUACUGGGCCAAUACGGUGACAUUUAUGAUGAUCAAGGCUAUAUUCAUAUGAAUAUAGAAGCAGACUUUGUUAUCUUCCGACCCAAUAAAGGACAAAAGCUUGUGGGAAUUGUUAACAAAGUAGCCCCCUCUCACAUAGGAUGUCUGGUGCAUGGAUGCUUCAAUGCUUCUCUUCCAAAACCACAUAAGAUGUUCAAUGAUGCCUGUCACGACUCUGGACUGAAGGUUGGAGACAGGCUGGAGUUUGAGGUGUACCAGUUAGACGCUGAUGUAGCUGGUGUUCUUCUUAUUAGAGGAAAACUAGAUGAAAACAGUGUCCUAGGAAAACUUGUAACACAGCAAGAAGAAUGCACUGUAGAUCAGGACAAUGUGAAUGGGGAACCUGAUGCCAUCGAGGAAACGCCAAGCAAAAAGAAGAAAAAGAAAAAAGAGAAGAAAAGGGCUAAAGAGGACUUGGAGUCUUCAGUGUGUACCAAUGAAAUUUGUGCAGACAGCACGGUGAACAGGGAGGUGGGGGCAAUGCCAGAAGGCAGCAGUGUGAAUGGAGACAGCAGUGUGAAUGGAGGCAUCUUGGAUAUGCCUAAAAAGAAGAAAAAGAAAAAGCUGGACAAAGAACCAGAGCUAGCCUCGCAGACUGAAUGUCAUGCUAGUGACUCUAGUGGUUCCCGGAGUCACAGUAAACGUGAUAAGAAAAGGAAACUGUCUGAUGGAGGAGACUUAAUUGAACCUAUUCUAGCACCUAGAGCCAAAAAGAAAAGGAAAGAGUGAAGGGUUUUGCUAUUCUGAUGAUAAAAUUGUAUUCUAUUUUUCUUAUCUAAUGUAGGAGGGCUUAUUACAUUUUCUGGCUAAAAAUAAAACAAUUUUUGGAAUGUAAUUGUGGUACCUGCAGUUUUAUUAAAAUAUUGAACUUAGUUUUGUAUGGAGUAACAGCAGCACACAUCCAUAAAGUAUGUUAACAGUUCUACUAAAAAUGAGAAAUGUUAGUUAGUGUCAGUAAUAAAUAUUGCCUCCUCAAAUGGUUAGUGGUAUGUAGAUUUGCCUCGGAAUAAUGUAUCCUGUAAUGUCACUGAAUCACCCCAAUUGUGUGCCGCAGAUCUAUCUGAUGUAUGUUUUAAGCCAGUUGCAUAUUGAAGGUCCACCCUUUCUAAUGAAAUACUCAGGAGAGUGUGGUGUAUAUAUAUUCACUACUGAUUCAUGGCACAUGAGAGUGAUAUGCAUGAAAAAUGAGAUGUCUGAAUUCUAGGGUCAGUUAAGGUUAAAGACUGUAAUCAAACAAAAUGUGAACAGAUGUUAUUGUAAACAGAUGUGUACAAACUAACUGAUUAAUCCCUGAAUAAAAGUGGACAGGUUUUAGUGA